AUCAUUUUUUUUAUAUAAAAAUGAUCUCUUUUACUAUCUUAAACAAUGCCAUAAGAAUACUAAUAUUUUUCUAAAAAUAUAAGGCUUAAAAUCGUAUCAUAUGUGACACACGUACGGAAUUAUUCCACUCAUUAAGCAUCAAGCUAAUUUCGUGUGAUAAGUCUUAUUUAUAAGAGCUCGUACUUGUUGGUAGCAAGAAACUUCACUAACCAUUUUGCGCAUAAUGUAAAUAUUCUCCCACUCUUGAUAUAACCACAUGUGAAAUUUGAAUAUCAUAUGUGAUAACAUUGAAUUGAGGGUAUAUUCAUUAGAGAACAUCAACCACAAGAGGGACAAAAUUUAAGAGAUCAAACAUUACUAUAAAAUUUCAGAUAAAUUUAUGAGAGAUGAUUUCCCAUCGUGAGUCUCUGGCGUUUAUUUUUGGCAUUCUAGGCAAUGCCAUCUCAUUUAUGGUCUUCCUCGCUCCAGUACCAACAUUUUACCAAAUCUAUAAGAAGAAAUCUACUGAAGGGUUUCAAUCAAUUCCUUAUGUUGUUGCAUUGCUGAGUGCAAUGCUAUGGAUUUAUUAUGCACUUGCCAAAAGGGAACAUAGUUUCCUUCUCCUCACAAUUAACACAUUUGGAGUAGGGGUAGAGUCACUUUACAUUGCAAUCUUCCUAGUUUGUGCCUCACAUAAAGCCAGGCUUUCGACCAUAAAGCUUCUUGUGUUGUGUAAUGUGUUUGGAUUCGGAGGAAUGGUUGUUUCAACUCUGUAUCUAACAAAGGCAUCAGAACGAAUUUCUAUUAUAGGAUGGGUUUGUCUCGUUUUCAACAUAGGUGUAUUUGCUUCUCCUCUCGGCAUUAUUAAAAAGGUAAUAGAGACAAGAAGUGUAGCAUUCAUGCCACUUAGUUUGUCAUUCUUUUUGAGCUUAAAUGCUAUCAUGUGGUUCUUCUAUGGAUUUCUCCUCAACGACUAUUACAUUGCUCUCCCAAAUACGCUAGGAUUUCUAUUCGGGAUAGUUCAGAUGGUGAUUUAUUUGAUUUAUAAAAACUCCAAUGAAGUGGACCCUAAGAAAUUACAGGAACUAAAUGGCCAUAUUAUCGACAUUGUGAAGAUGGGCACAAACACAAUGGUCAUUUCUGGCCCAAAUCAAGUAGCCAAUAGUGGUGAUGAGAAUCCAAAUAAUGGAAAAUGACAAACAAAAAAUAAAAUAGAAGGUCCAUAAAAAGUUAACUUUAAUAUGCAAUCACUAGUGGUUGAUAAAUGGGGCCUCAUACACUGGCAGGUGUUAAGGAUAUUUUUGUUUGAUUAUGUGAUUUUAUUUGAAUUUGAAUGAAGUAAAAUUAUGAAACUAAUAUAAUGUGAUUCGAGUGGUAAAUGUUUGAAUGUCUAAAUGACUUGAUCGAGAUUUUGAUCCUAACCCAUAUAUGCAAAAAUAUAUAUUGGGAGAAAUCAAAUAGAUAAAAAAUAUCUCGAAUGAUUCAUUAUGUUUCCUUUUUUAUAUGAGUGAAGUGUUAAGCCUAUGGAAUCUUUGUUGA